AUGGCACUCCAGAACGCCCUCUUUUUGCAGGACCUUUCGCUCACCAACACCACAGUCUCUGGACAGUUGCACGCAUUGGAGAAUGCUACGGAGUUACACAACGUCUACCUUGAUGACUCCAGGAUUUCAGGGGACUUGGCGGCCUUGAAGCAGGCGAUGGACUUGGAGGUGUUGUCCGCGGAGAACACCGACAUUUCUGGGGACUUGCAAGUGUUGAACAUGAAGCAUUUGAACCUGCUCCAUUUGCCCAACACCAGCGUGGUGGGGCACCUGGGCUCCUUGCGUACGGCCAUUUGGCUACGAAGCGUGCAUCUCUCGCGGACUGCUGUGCGAGGGAACUUAAACACUUUGGAGCCUAGAGGAUGCAAUGCCGAUGGUGGCAUGGGCCUUUGCCAUGUGGAGAGCUUGUUCUUGGCCGAGACCAAGGUCACAGGUAGCAUCCGCACGCUCAUCAAGAUGAACGAUCUGGAGCAGGUGGACCUCUCCCGCAGCGCGGUGCGUGGGAAGCUCACGGCCGCCUGGCGCGGCUGCUGCCAGAGGCUUCGGAGCUUGAAGCUUUCGGAUAGCUCUGUGCGCUUGCUGCCGCCGCCGGGGCCCGAUCGGGACGCGUUGCGCGAGAUUUGGAGCGAAGGAGGUCAUCGGUUCCUGCCCGAUCUCAGCAUCUUAGAGGUGAGUGGAUGUCCACUGAAUGCCUCCGUGGAGGAGUUCCUGGCGCCCUUCUUGGGUUGCAGCGCUUUGGCCAGUUUGAAGGCAGCCCACUGCGGCUUGCGUGGCGCUGUGCCGGACCUGCACCACAUCAAGUGGGUGAAGCGAAACGGGCGUUUCUGGUCGGCUUGGGAGUCAGACUUGGCACGAUCCCUGCAGACUUUGGACCUCUCCUUCAACGACAUCUCCUACGUGGCGAACAUCCCUCGGGAUGCACAGGCAGUGAUUUUGGCCUCGAACCCUCCGAUGGUCUUGGCGCCCGGCGUGUUGCUGCGCGCGGUGGAAGAGCACAUUUUCCUGGACCUGCAGAAUGUGAGACUUCACAGCGUGGAAGCCGAACAGCUGUUGGAAGACAAGGUGUUACAAAUGACCCAUCACCGAAGCAUGUCCAGUGCCGAUGGCAGUUUCGCUUGCUUUGAUCUGGCAACAACCUCCCUACAGAUCUCACCGGACAAGUUCCUCCCAGAGCGGCUUUGCAGCUGCGGGCCGGGCUGGAUCGGGAAGGGCACGGAGUGCCAGAAAUGCCCGGCGAGCACCUUUAAGGAGGACUUCCAGGGCAAGUGCAAGACAUGCCCAGCCGGAAGCAUGGCGAAAGAGGGAUCUGCGUCGCCCAGCGCGUGCAAGUGUGGACUUGGAGAGCUUUACAAUCAGAGUGGCAACUGGACCUGCGCCUGCCCAGUGGAGCGAGCGCUCUUGGGCCAAGCCUGUGUUCGCUGCCACACUCGACACCUGUACUGCUCCAGCCCUGGAAACCGAGUGGAAACCGCUGAGCCGCGGCGCGGCUACGCACGCCUGAAGGAGAAGGACCACCAGGCCUACAAAUGUCUUCCGCCCCGCAAGACACGGUGCAACGCGUCGGCGGCCGUGAGCGGCUCGGAGCAUCCGGAAUGCAGCGAUGGCUAUGUUGGCAUCCUUUGCAGCACCUGCGAUGCCAAGUAUUACGCCAGCAAGACGCUCUGCAAACCCUGCCCACCAAGCUGGAUUCCAGAGGCUUGGAAAAACACCAUCUUCAUCUCCUUGGCUUUGGCACUCCUUGUGUCUUUGGCUGCUGGAGCUUGGCUGUGGAGGCGUCGCAUCGGCGCAGCGGUGGUGCCACCGCAGCGAAGGGGCCGCAUGGAGGCGCUCAAGGAGCAGGUCGCAGCCCAAGCACCCAUUUUGCUGCAGAUGUGUCAGCUAUGGGCUGUGCUAGGAGUUUCGGCUACGUCUACAUCUGACUUGGAGACUGAGAAGAACACUGAGAAGUCGAGCUUUUGGGAAGUGCCUUACGUUGAGGCGCUGCUGUUUUCGGUGGAGAAUCUCAAGGGUACCUUGAACUUGGAAUGCAACUACGAUGGCCAAACAGUUCGAUUCUGGAGUGACUUGCUGGCGCCGUUGGUGCCCUUGGCCAUUUUGUUGUGCUGCUUGGCGCUGGAAACGCAGCGUGGAGCAGGCAUCAAUGCAGCCCUCAAAGCGAUCACGCUCUUCUACAUCGGUGGCUGCGCCAGCUCCGCUGACCUCAUGAGCUGCCAAGGCACCGACGGAGGUGACGACCCCCUUCCGGACACCUUCGUGUUUCGUAAGCGAAUGCCCUACCUUUGGUGCUUUCGACAGCCCGAAACAGAGCUGAAGCGUUACGUGGAUGCCGUGGGCUACUUUUGCCGCUUUUGCUACGGCAUCAUCAUCCCCAGCUGCUUGCUCUACCUCUAUGUACGGCAGCAGGUGCUCUUGCAGCCCAGCCGAACGGUCUUGGCCUCGUCGCGCAUCGAAUCGGAGGAGGUCAUGACCUUGCACCUUCACGAGGUCCGUGGCUCCGUACAGCCUUUGGAGGAGGAGGCCGCCGCACGGCGCUUGUUGAGCUUUGCGUCGGCGUACGUGGCAGUGUUGAAGCGGGGCCAGGUGCAGCUCGCGCUGGUGGAUGGUGCGGUGACCGUGACGUCGCUUCACCCGGGUCGUUCCAGCACGGAGGAGCUCGAGGCACUGAGUCUGGUGGGUCCCAUGGACAUCAAGAACCAGGUGACCACAAUCCGCUGUCGCUCGAUUUCGGAGAUGAUUUUGGAGCGCUGCGUCUUGCAAGAGGUGGCGCCCAGCGAUCGAGUGCUGGCUGGUGCCAGGCAGAUGAUGCUCAAAUACGCUUUGUGCGGCAACCUUUGGAUGGAGAUCCUACUGAAGUUGGUGGCGGUGUCGCUGAUCUCAGCUGAUGGCAGAAAGCUCUCUUUGUUGAUCUCCUUGGCAAUCACCUUGGGGAUGGCCGCCACCUUUGCUUUGGUACAGCCCUACUUGCAGCCACAGGUCAACGCGCUCCAAUGCUGCUGCUUCUCCUGCCUUGCGUUGUCAGUGCUUGGCUUUCACAACGGCUGGCCCUACUUGAGCCGCUUCGCAUUGCUACUACCCUUCCUACUCAGCGCGCUACAAGCUUUGCGGCCGGAUAGUGCACCAAGCCUGGCCGUGCGCUUGUGGGAGGAACUCGAACCUCAGCUGGGAGUCUUCCGGAAGGGCCACAAGAUCGAAGUGAGAGCCGAGACCUUCUCGCACCAGGUGAUCAUCCAAUUGACAUACCCCGGCGUAGGCGUGAAGCUCUUCGUGUGCGCGGUCGGGGUUCCACCCAAGUGGAUGGUGGAUAAGCUCCAUGGUGCUGGAAUCAUUUGCAUGAACAUGGUCGGUGCGCCGCAUCACGUGGCCAAGGCACUCGAGGUGGGCAUGGACAUGAUUUGCGCCCAGGGCACUGAAGCAGGUGGCCACACUGGAGAUGUGGCGACCCUGCCGCUGAUCCCGCAAUGUGUCGAUGCCUGCCGGGGCAAGAAGAACUUCUUCGGGCUCCAGGUGCCUGUGGUGGCCGCAGGCGGCAUCUUCGAUGGUCGCGGAUUGGGCGCUGCGCUCUGCCUGGGCGCCACUGGUGUUUGGGUCGGCACGCGCUUCAUUUGCUCAGAGGAAGCGAAUGCAGGGCCCGUCCACAAGCAGCGCAUCAUGAAGGCGCAGAGCGUGGACACGACCCGCACGGAGAUCUUCACUGGCCGACCCUGCCGGGUCUUGAAGACGGAGUAUGUGAAGAGCUGGGACGGCAAAGAGCAAGAUCUGCAGGAGAAGUUGAAGCAAGGCGUGGUGCCUUGGGUCGAGGACAUGAAGGAAGACCGUGCGAAGUUCUCCGACUUUCUACCUGCCUUGAUGGGCCAAGCCGUUGGAGGUGUGAGAGAAGAGAAGAAGGCCGAGCAGAUCGUACAGGAGAUGAUGGGAGAAGCUUUGCAGUCGAUCCAGUCAGUCCAUGGUCUGGUCAGCCGUUUGUGA